CAAACAACAAAACGUAAUUUAGAAAAUUAUAAUAAUUUUCAUCAAUUUAUUCAAAAACGUAGAAAAUUAAGUAAGGACUGUUUCAACUCCCAACUACCCCCCAUUCAAUAUGUCGAUGUUAGUUCUGAUGUAAUUCAUUUACCAAAGCCAAGUGAACAAUUAUUACCUCAUAAUUCUGCGGCCUCGCUUCCCACUCUAUCACAUCUUGGUCAUGAUCUUCGUGAAGGUUCAUGCAUGUCUUUAAAGACUUUACAAAAUAAACCAUAUUAUUGUUCGCCGGAGCCUUGUUCCGAUCCUACUAGAUAUGGAAUUUCUGAUAAGGCUUUGCAUCAUGCUGCCGCAGUUCCGGUCUCUGUAUAUAGUCCCUCUAGAUUUCACUCCAUUCCCCAACAAACAAUGACCAAUAACAAUGAUUACUUCUCAAGAAACGUUAACAAGGAAUCUGAUAAUUUGUGUGACCACCAAUGUGUGAUGUCUAAUCAAUAUCAAUAUUUUAAUAAUGCUCGUUUGAUUCCUGUCAAUGUAUCCAACAACUCCGUUCGAAAUUUUUCAGCGGUUACUGAUCACCCUGAUGCUCCAGAAAACGAUAAUCAAGAUUUCUCUAUUCUCAAUAUAAUUCCAACUUUGAUAAGUGAAAAACAUCGAAAGGCUGCUUUUGUUGAAAAUUUAGUUGACACCGCUUGUCUCAUCGUGGAAGUAAUUUGGGCAAAUUUUUCCGUUAGCCCAAGCGCAAAAAUUAUUACUCUACGUGUUUUUAUUCAAGAAACUUUGAGACGUUCACGUACCUCUUAUUCAACACUUCAAACUGCUCUAUUUUACUUGAUCAGAAUAAAAUCUGAAAUUGCUAAAUUAUAUCGGUGUGUUGAAUACUUACCAACUCCAACUUCCGAGUACCCUCCGAAUUUGUGUCAAUCUUCAAAGCAAAAUAGUGAUCCGGCUACAUGUGGUCGUCGCAUGUUUUUAGCUGCUUUGAUAGUUGCUUCGAAAUACCUUCAAGAUCGUAAUUAUUCUAACCGUGCCUGGUCUAAAAUGUCUGGACUUUCCGUCAAUGAAAUUAAUGCAAACGAAAUUUGUUUUCUCAAGCUUAUUGAUUAUAACCUUUUCAUUGCUGAAAACAAAUUUAAGCGUUGGAGUAGUCUUUUACUAACGCAUAUCCAAGUUAUUUCAGGAUCUGACAUGUCAAAUCCAGAGGCUUUCAGGUUAGCAAAAAAUAGAAGAAAGGUUGCAAGGUUCCGUGAAACCUUAAAAUAUCUGGAUCCAAAGACCAUGGAAUGUAAAAGGGUUCAUCCCAUCACUCCUGUAAUCACUCCUGUAAUCACUCCUGUAAUCACUCCUGUUAUCACUCCUGCCGAGAGUGCUCCAGGAUCACCUCACGAACAACAACCUAAUACCUUACAAAUGUCUUUUUCAUCUACAUUAUCAUCUACAUUACAAGCGUUAACUGGACAAACUAAUGCUAUUUCUGGGCAUCUUCAGAAAUCAACAUGGAGUCCAAUCAAUCAUGAUUCUGGUUAUAAUUAUCAAUUUUUUGCAAAUAAUUAUGAAAAAAAUUUUGAUGGAUGUCAAGAUAAUAGAAUAAAAAGAAUUCUUGUUCGAUCUUUUGCUUGA